GGAUUUAUUAGCAGGCUGUGUGGGGCUUACUCACGCGGGGAGUCUCGGACUUGGGGGUGGGGUUGGGGGUGGAGGGUCGCCUGCUGGCACCCCACGAUCGGGCUAGUGAGAUGGCGGCGCGCUGGAGCAGCGAGAACGUGGUGGUGGAGUUUCGAGACUCUCAGGCAACUGCCAUGUCUGUGGACUGUCUUGGGCAGCAUGCAGUGCUUUCUGGCCGACGAUUCCUGUACAUCGUCAAUCUAGAUGCCCCUUUUGAAGGUCACCGGAAGAUCUCCCGCCAGAGCAAAUGGGACAUUGGAGCUGUGCAGUGGAACCCUCAUGACAGCUUCGCACACUAUUUUGCAGCUUCGAGUAAUCAACGGGUCGACCUUUAUAAGUGGAAAGAUGGCAGCGGGGAAGUUGGUACAACUUUACAGGGGCACACUCGAGUUAUCAGCGACUUGGACUGGGCAGUGUUUGAGCCAGAUCUCCUGGUCACCAGCUCUGUGGACACCUACAUCUACAUCUGGGAUAUCAAAGACACAAGGAAACCUACUGUUGCACUGUCGGCUGUAGCUGGUGCCUCCCAGGUCAAAUGGAAUAAGAAGAACGCCAACUACCUUGCCACCAGUCACGAUGGUGACGUACGGAUAUGGGACAAGCGAAAACCCAGUACAGCUGUGGAAUAUCUAGCAGCCCACCUCUCCAAGAUCCACGGCCUGGACUGGCACCCAGACAGUGAGCACAUCUUUGCCACCUCCAGUCAAGAUAACUCUGUCAAGUUCUGGGAUUACCGCCAGCCUCGGAAAUACCUCAAUAUCCUCCCUUGCCAGGUGCCUGUCUGGAAAGCCAGAUACACGCCUUUCAGCAACGGGCUAGUGACCGUGAUGGUUCCCCAGCUGCGGAGGGAGAACAGCCUGCUCCUGUGGAACGCGUCUGACUUGAACGCUCCAGUUCACACCUUUGUGGGUCAUGAUGACGUGGUGCUGGAGUUCCAGUGGAGGAGGCAGAAGGAAGGAUCCAAGGACUAUCAACUGGUUACAUGGUCCCGUGAUCAGACCUUGAGAAUGUGGCGAGUGGACUAUCAAAUGCAGAGGCUCUGUGCCAAUGACAUACUGGAUGGUGUUGAUGAGUUCAUUGAGAGCAUCUCUCUCCUGCCGGAACCAGAGAAGACCCCACAUCCUCAAGACAUAGAUCACCAGCCCAGCUUAAGCCAUGGAGAGGAAGAUGCCAUAAAGGAAGACCCUCCCAGCAGUUUGCUGGAAGAGAAGAGAUCAGACCAACUAGGCCUCCCCCAGACUCUGCAACAGGAGUUCUCCUUGAUCAACGUGCAGAUCCGGAAUGUCAAUGUGGAGAUGGACGCUGCAGACCGGAGCUGCACAGUGUCUGUGCACUGCAGCAACCACCGUGUGAAGAUGCUGGUGACCUUCCCGGCGCAGUACCCUAACAACGCUGCUCCUUCCUUCCAGUUCAUUAAUCCUACCACUAUCACGUCUGCCGUGAAGGCCAAGCUGCUGAAGAUCCUAAAGGACACUUCACUGCAGAAAGUGAAACGCAACCAGAGCUGUUUGGAGCCUUGCCUGCGCCAGCUUGUCUCGUGCCUUGAGUCUUUUGUGAACCAAGAGGACAGUGCUUCUAGCAACCCAUUUGCACUCCAAAACUCUGUCACACCACCCUUGCCGACAUUUGCACGGGUGACCACUGCCUACGGCUCCUACCAGGAUGCCAACAUUCCCUUUCCUAGGACCUCUGGGGCCAGGUUCUGUGGAGCAGGUUACCUGGUGUACUUCACACGACCCAUGACGAUGCAUCGAGCAGUGUCUCCCACAGAGCCUACUCCUAGGUCUCUCUCAGCCCUGUCUGCUUAUCAUACUGGUUUGAUUGCACCAAUGAAGAUCCGCACCGAGGCCCCUGGGAACCUGCGUCUGUACAGUGGGAGCCCAACUCGCAGUGAGAAAGAGCAGGUCUCCAUCAGUUCCUUCUAUUACAAGGAACGGAUGUCUCCUCGCUCUGCCCGGCGACGUUGGUCCAUACAAGCAAUUAACGACUUCCCGAAAUCGAGGAGGUGGAAGAGUAAGCGGGAAGGCUCUGACUCCGGCAACCGACCCAUUAAGGCUGCUGGCAAGGUCAUCAUCCAGGAUGUCUCGUGCCUCCUUCCCGUUCAUAAGUCCUUGGGAGAGCUGUACAUAUUGAAUGUGAACGACACUCAGGAGACAUGUCAGAAGAAUGCCACUUCUGCCAUGCUUGUGGGAAGGAAGGAUCUUGUCCAGGUUUGGUCGCUGGCUACGGUAGCUACAGAUCUUUGCCUUGGGCCGAAGUCUGACCCAGAUUUGGAAACACCUUGGGCUCGACAUCCAUUUGGGCGACAACUGCUGGAGUCCCUACUGGCUCACUAUUGCCAACUCCGAGAUGUUCAGACCUUGGCUAUGCUCUGUAGCGUGUUUGAAGCCCAGUCCCGGCCUCAGGGCUUACCAAACCCUUUUGGGCCUUUCCCUAAUCGUUCUUCUAAUCUUGUGGUGUCCCACAGCCGCUAUCCCAGCUUCACCUCCUCGGGGUCCUGCUCCAGCAUGUCAGAUCCAGGGUUCAACACCGGUGGCUGGAACAUAGCAGGAAGAGAGACAGAACACAUAUCUUCACCUUGGGGGGAGUCUUCGCCAGAGGAGCUCCGCUUUGGGAGUCUGACCUACAGUGACCCCCGGGAGCGGGAACGAGACCAGCAUGAUAAAAACAAAAGGCUCCUGGACCCUGCCAAUACCCAGCAGUUUGACGACUUUAAGAAGUGCUACGGAGAGAUCCUCUACCGCUGGGGUCUGAGAGAGAAGCGAGCAGAAGUGCUGAAGUUUGUGUCCUGCCCUCCUGACCCUCACAAAGGGAUCGAGUUUGGUGUGUACUGCAGUCACUGUCGGAGCGAGGUCCGUGGCACCCAGUGCGCCAUCUGCAAAGGCUUCACCUUCCAGUGUGCCAUCUGCCAUGUGGCCGUGCGGGGUUCAUCCAACUUCUGCCUGACCUGUGGGCAUGGUGGCCACACGAGCCACAUGAUGGAGUGGUUUCGGACCCAGGAGGUAUGUCCCACGGGGUGUGGCUGCCACUGCCUGCUGGAGAGCACCUUCUGAACUUAAAGGACAGUGGCACUUCCGGAAAUCCCAGAGGACUCCAUAAGUGCUGGAGAAGGCUCUCUGCUGCUGCUGGUGGAAAGUCCUAGAACCAGGGCCAUCCUCGUGAUUUAGGAUGGAGAGUAUCCUCUCACAGACUGUCACAGCAUCCGCUCGUGAUCCUGUGUGUUCCCUUCUCCUUGGCUGCCGGGCACGGAUGGUGCUGGAAGAAGGGAGGGGGACGCACAGAGCUGACCCUCCUGUACUGUCUGUUGAGUCCACAGUGGAUGUUUUCAUGAGGAAAAGCACCUGUUUCCAGAGCCAUCAGAGCUAGCAUCAGCCUUCAAGAUUCUGUCCUUGAACCAGGAAUGGACCCUCCAGAUGCCAGUACAAAGGCACACAGCAGCUGCAAAACAGACUCCUGAGCCAGAAGACGCUGGCUCUUAGUGCCAUCCACAAGUGAGCUAUGGUAUCUGUGACUUAGAAGUUGGCACCUUGAUGAUGGCCUUAUAAAAUACAAUACUAAAGUGUAAUAUAUGAUGGACAUAUAUUCAGCAUUCUUUUUCUUGGUACAGGGCUGGAACUCAGCGCCUUGCACAUACUGGUGAGCAGCCAUACCACUGAGUUACAUUCCAGCCCCAUAAGAAACUUAAGAUGUAUAUGUUUUCUGUUUCUCUUCAUCUGCUUUCCUUUAACUAAUAGAAGUUUGUACUUGUGUGUGUGUGUGUGUGUGUGUGUGUGUGUGUGUGUGUGUGUGUGUGAGUGAGUGAGUGAGUGAGAGAGAGAGAGAGAGAGAGAGAGAGAGGGAGAGAGAGAGGAUGAAUAAGGAAAGUGACCGUCUUAGUGACUCAUUUUGCAUUGUACUUCUGGUUGAAGGGAACUGUUUUGGACCGGACUAGAAUUAGUCUCAUGACUUGUAAAGGAAAUGCCAUUUGACUUUGAUCAUCUGACAGAGGAAACGGAAUCUGACAUUAAGGUUCUCUCUAGCCGCAAGAGUCUCAUAAUUAUUUCUUCUAGCACAGGGGAAAUGAGAUUGCAUUUCAGCACUGAUACCAGAGUCUCUCUCUGCCUCUGGGCAGGCUGGCUGGGCUCCAGGGGUACUUUUUACUUGAACUCCCUUGCAAACUCAUCAUGAUUUUCAGGGGUUUCACUUGUCUAUACCAGGGAAGAGAGUUUAAAAAAAAAAACAAGACCCACUAUACUGAAAUCUCUCUCUCUUAGAAAUUUAAAUUCCUUGGGCCUGUCAUAAGGCUCAGUGGGCAGAGGUGCCUGCCACUAAGCUUACUAACCUCAGUUUUCUCCCUCGCAUGAGCCACCAUAGAAGAACUGACUCCUAAGAGUUGUCCUCUGACUUCCACAUGUGUGCUUUGAUAUGUGAAUGUACACACACACAUACAAAAAAUGUAAUUUAACAAUUUUAUGAUUCCAAACUAAUUAACCGGAGACACAUAAGUAAUUUGUGUCAUUGGAUUAUGGUUGCACGUGUUUGUAGUCCCUUCACUCACGGGGCUGAGGUAAGAGGGUUUCAAGUUUGAGACCAUCCUGGGCUACACAGUGAGGUGAUGGCCAGCCUCACUUAUAUAUGAAGACACUUACAAGCAAACGUCAUAAAGAAGAUCUGGAGAGAUCGCUUAGUAAUCAAAUGCUUGGCUAGCAUACAGGAGGUGAUGUGUUUGAUCCUCAGCAACACACACACUGACACUCAAACUAAAACAAAACAAAAUACUACAUGUUCCAUAAUAGGUAAGUGUUGUAUAUCACUUUGUUUGAAACUAUGAUUUAAGACUCAUGAAUGGAUUAGGAAAUCAGUCUCGUAGAUAAAAACCAACACUUUCUAUUUUCAAGGAUUACUUUGUGUGUGUAAAUCUCUGUGUCUUCAAGUGUAUGUUGUGUGGGACAGAAGAGGCCAUCUGGUUCCUUGGUGCUAGGAUUAUCAGUCUUUUCAGGACACCUUGUGUCAUGUGUGUUCAGGGAUCCUAACUUGGAUCUUCAUGAUUGCAAAGUCAGAACUGUUUUGUCUCCAGCCCCCAAACUGUCAUAUAAAGAAAGUAAAAUAAUGUGGGUGAGAGACAAUCGUGUACUAA